AUGGAGGCCUUCCAGUCGGAGCAGCAGCUGCUGCAGCAGAAACAGCAGCAACAGCAGCAGCAGCAGCAGCAGCAGCAGCAGCAGCAGCAGCAGCAGCAGCGGCCGCGGCAGCAGCAGCCACGGAUCCCUCUUCGGCCACCCAAGGCCUGCCCCGCCGCGGCGGCGCCUUCGACGGCGGCGGCAUCGAUCGUCUCCCUGAUCGCGCUCUGCUACCACUCACGCCGCCGGAACCGCCAGCGGCGGCUACUGGAGGCGGCCGCAAUAUCCGCCGCGCGCGCCGGCGGCGGCGGCGUCGUCGUCCGCGCCGGCCCCAUGCACGACCUGUCGAGCCUGCAGCAGGCGCUGCCGCCCGGCCACCGGCUGGGCGUCAUCGCAUCGGACCACCCCUCAGGGCGCCACGUCAUCUUGGUCGGCGUCCCUGCCGGCGCCGCCUACAGCGACGCGCCGCCCGCGGCCGCGGCCGCGGCGGGCCUCGCGCGCGCGCGGCAGCUGCUCCCAAACGGGAAGCUUCCCACGCCGCAGUCUGUCGUCGCAAACCUACCCACCUACCAGUAUGCGCUGCCUCGGGCGCACGCCCCUGGCGGCGAGGGCGGCGACGGCGGCGCAGGCAAGGCGGCGGGCGGCGCGCCGCCGCCAUCUGUCGGCGGCGGCAAUUCAAACGGCAGCGCCCACGGGCAGGGGCUCAGGGCUGCAGGCGCCCGCCCGCCGUUUGUGCUGCGCGCCGCCGGCAUGUCUGAGGCUGAGGCUCUCGAGCUCGUCAUCUCAUCCGCAAACCCGGGUCAGGCCGAACGGCGCCGCCAGCUGGACGGGCCCGAAGCGGCCGCCAUCAUGGCCGCGGGCGCAAACUGGGGCCUCCUCCCAGGCACGGGGAGCGGCAGCAUGGACCCGCCGCACGCCCAGCAGCAGGGCGCCUACGGGCAAGGCGGGGCCGGCGGCGGCGUCGGCGCGGCGGCACGGGCGCCUGACCUGCAGCUGCAGGCGCAGCAGCAGCGGCUGUGGCAGCUGGGCAGGCAGCGGCGCGACCUCCCGCAGCAGCAGCCGCCGGCGCUGCAGCAGGCGCAGUCGCUUCAGCUGCAGCCGCAGAAUUCGCGUGGCCAGCAGCCGCCGGCGCCACUGGCUCAAUAG